AUGCGCCCGCCGCGAACAAAUAGUCGCAUGAGUAUGACCAGUAAGGCUGGAGGUGGAAGUCGGGCUUCAGAUGAGGAUAGCAAGACCUCCGUCAAAGUUGCUGUUCGUGUACGACCUCCACUCAAGCCAUCCGACCCAGGAUUCGAACUUAUUCCACAAAGAUUCCAGCGAUCUAUGGCCCAGGUUACAUCACCCACGAGUCUGGCCAUAGACUCGCCACAAGGAAAAAAGCUCUUUGUUUUUGACAGAGUUUUUGGCGAAGAUGUUGAUCAGGAAGGCGUUUGGGAGUACCUAGUAGAGAGUACAAAUGCUUUCGUACAAGGUUACAAUGUCUCAAUGUUGGCAUAUGGCCAGUCCGGUGCGGGGAAAUCAUACACAAUGGGAACUUCAGGACCUGGCGAGCAGGCCGACUUGGAUGUAAUGGGAGUCAUCCCAAGAGCAGCCAUUGCACUCUUCGAGAAAUUAGAUGACAAACUACCAAUGUCAAAUCGAAAUUCCAUGUCAGGACUUCGGACACCGACAAGAUAUUCAACUAAUGUGGCUGCACUCGCUAAAUCCGCGGAGAAGAACUGGACCCUGAAAGCAACAUACGUCGAAAUUUACAAUGAACAACUUCGAGAUCUGCUCGUUCCCGAGCACACACCGUUGCACGAGAGAGGGGCGGUCACGAUUCGGGAGGAUACAAAGGGUCAUAUUCUUCUCACCGGGUUGCACCAAGUUGAGAUUAAUUCGGUAGAGGACUUGAUGGCUGCCCUGAACUUUGGAUCAAUGAUUCGCCAGACUGAUUCUACGGCAAUCAACGCGAAGUCCUCGCGUUCCCAUGCAGUGUUCAGUCUGAAUUUGAUUCAGCGGAAGAACAAAUUGCAGAUGGUACAAGGUGCUGAUAAACGACACUCAGUGCCGUUAGAAGCAAUGACUGGUCAGGACACCCUAGUUACAAUUGACAGCAAGCUCCACUUUGUGGAUCUUGCAGGGAGUGAAAGAUUGAAGAAUACCGGUGCGCAGGGCGAGCGGGCGAAGGAGGGGAUAUCGAUUAAUGCAGGUCUUGCCAGUCUCGGGAAGGUCAUUUCACAGCUUUCGUCUCGCCAGGCCGGCUCCCACGUCUCAUAUCGCGACUCCAAGCUCACUCGAUUACUCCAGGAUUCGUUAGGAGGUAAUGCAAUCACGUAUAUGAUUGCAUGUGUUACCCCCGCAGAAUUUCAUCUGAGCGAAACUCUAAACACGGUCCAAUACGCACAACGUGCUCGCGCGAUCCAGAGCAAACCAAGAAUCCAACAGAUAGCAGAUAACGAGGCUGACAAGCAAGCGCUAAUUGAUCGUUUGAAGGCCGAAGUCGCUUUUCUUCGUGACCAGAUCAGGAGCACCGAGCGCGGCGGUGAUCACGAUCGCCGAAACCCUACGAGCGAGAGGCCUGAGCGACAGAACGAAAGAGAGGUAGAACUCCAAAACCAGCUUCUUGACACCCAAGAAAAUUACACCUCUCUCAGUCAGCGUCAUGCAAAACUUAUCAGUGAGAUGGCUAAGGCCCGCGAUGGCGAAAUCGCCGAUAACAAUGCAUUUGAGAAUACUAUGGGUGACAGUGCCACAGAGCGAUUGAAACGAUCAAAUUCAUUUGCCGAAGCUGUGGAACAGGUUGUGUUGGAGUACGAAACCACAAUCCAGUCCCUCGAGCACUCCUUGUCUAAAACACGGUCAUCACUUUCAAAAACCGAGACCUCCCUGUUGGAAAGGGAGACUAAAUGCGCAUAUGUCGAGACAGUCAACCAGCAGCUCCAAUCUCGCCUCCAAAAGCUUAUGGAUCGUGAAUCUAGCACCGAGCAUUAUCUUCACGAUCUCGAGGCAAAGCUUGACGGUCAUACUUCCGGCGAGGAAAAAAAUGCCACGAUUGUUAUGGAACUUCGCAAAGAGAUCGCCCGUGUCCGUGAGAAUGAAGCCGGCUGUGAAGAUUAUAUCUCCACACUCGAGGAACGUCUUGCGGAGGGGGAACAGGAUGCCGAGCUGAUGAAACGGGAGAUUGAGAGGUUAGAGCACGUUGUCGAACGCCAGAGAAGUCUCGGAAAGUUAGACAACUUACUUUACGAGCUUGAUCACAUCCAACAGGACGUGAAACACACCGAAGCCGGUGCCGAACCUGUUGCUGUAAACGGUAAACGCUCUUUCAGCGACCACUCUCGACAUCAGAGCCUUGCUAGUAAACGAAGCCCCAACGACGUUAUUGUGGAGGAAGAAGACGACUUACACUCAGAGCACGUCCAACGAUCUGCGACAGAAGGCCCCUUUGAUAAUGGAGAGCCUAUUGACGACGACUUCGCGGUUCAGACGUCGCUCGAAAUGGCUGUCAACAACGACUAUUCGCCUCAGACCCCCGCACAAUCAAAAUUCGUCGAAGACAAACUGGAGAACGUCACUCAGGAAUUACUUGACCUGAGAGUAGAGCAUGAAGGUACUGCGACUGAGCUGGACCUACUCCAAGCCAAAUACGAUGAGGCCCUCCGCACUUUGGCUGCUCUCCAAGAUGCCGUAGAUGAGGCACGCCAUCCAAACCCCCGUGAUUCAUUCCUAUCGGUAUCCACUCCGACGCUUGACACACGACCUACUUCUUUUUUAUCAGAUUCCAGGGCGGACGAGCUGAAGGAUGGAGGACAAUUGUUAUCCUCGCGAUCGCUCUCAUCGGAAUUAUCCUCGGCUGGGGAGUUGCACAGUGCAUUAGAGAUAUCUGAUGCUGAAGGCGCUCACAAGAAGUCAGAGCUAGUGGAGCUGUCGAAGACUGUUGCCAACGACGAGGCGAUUGUGGCGGAAAUAGAGAGUUUACGGAGACUAGCAGAAGAGAAAGAGCAAUCUCAAAAUUUGUUGGCUAUGAAGUAUGCGGAACUCGAGGAAAAGCACAUGGACGCCCUUGAUGUGGUAGAAGAGCUCAAGGCGGAGGUCUCCAAGGCUAAGAUGAACGAGGCUCAGUCUCCAAAGACGGCCACUCCCGUUAUUCGUCGGAAAUCAAGUCAGAAUGUUAUGAUAAUCGACAAGGCUCAUCGUGCAUUCGCUUCUUUGCGAAACAUUGCCUCUGAGAGCUUUGAAGGUACCCCAGACGUCAUGGCGAAUUUCGAGCUGAAUCUUAAUACAGCCAUGCAUGAACUUCAUUCUCGGUCAGAGAGAGUCCAAGAGUUGGAAGCAGAUCUUGCUGCGAACAAGAAAGAAAUGGACGCCAAGAUGACCAUGAUUUCAGGCCUGACUCGCGAACGGUCCAGCAUGAAAGCGUCACCCCUAGAUAUGUCUGUCAUUUCCACGAUGCAAGAUCAGUUGAUGCAGAGUGAAAAUCAAAUGAUGAUUCUCCGAGAGACUCAUAGUGCCCGGGAGAAUGAAUUGCUUGCCGAAAUCCAAAGCCUUCGAGCUUCUAUAGAUUUACACACAGUUGCUUCGGAUAACGAUAAAGCUACGGCCGAACGCGAUCAGAAGGAGAUACAAGAAAGGCAGAUUGCAGAUUUGAAGUUCGAGCUUACCAACUGGGAAGAAAGAUAUCAAGCUGCAUUGGAUUCUAUGGAGAACUCCGAGAGACAUUUGUUAGCAACCAUUACGGACCUGGAGCAACAAAUUUCAGCCACGAAGGAAGACCAGCAAGCACAAGCCACAGACAACGAGAAUCAAAACGCCCGGGUUAGGAAUCUUCAACAGGAGAUCGAGGAGCACAAAGCCUUGGUUGCUACCAAUGCUGCCCGUGUAGCCGAACUUGAACAGUCCCAUGCGUCAACUCGACAGGAGCUAGACGAGGUAACAAGGUCAAGAGAGCUAGCAAAUACCGAGAUAGAGGGACACAAGUCCCUAAUAGCCAGGUUUGAACAACAGAUUAGUGACCAUGAGAAUGUUGUCAAAACACACCAAGACGGUCUUGACCUCUUACACGCAAAUCAUGCCAAGGAUAUCGAGGCAAUGAAGGCCAACACUCAAUCUGACCAUGAAGCGCAAUUAUCAGAACUUGCGUCCAAACACCAACAGAGCGUUGACGCACUUCAAGUUGAGCUCGCAGAGGCACGCGAUGAACUCACCAAGAUCGCUACCCAAGUCGCGUUUGGCCUUGGCUUAGAUGUCAGUACCGAAAAGCUGCAAGAUCGGAUCUCGGACCUGCUGGCCGAUCAAAAGGCCUUGGGCGAUGAGCAACUGAAGCGUAGUGAGAUGGAAAAGAGCAUCACCGACCUUUCCGCUAUCAACGAUACGGUAAUGGGCGAGCUCGAAACUGUCAAGGCUGAGCUCACAGCGUUACUGGUUCAGACCGCUGAUGGUGUAAAGUUGAAGGCAGAGCAUGCGACAGUUUCUGAGCAACUAACCGCGUUGAAGAAGGAGAUGAGUGAUUUGGAGACAAAGAACAAGAAGAAUUCUCGCCUCGUCGAUGAACUCGAGGAACAGCUAGCUUCCAAUUUCGACCAACACCAGCAGGCCAACAAUCGUCUUUCUACUUUGCAAACGGAGCGCAAUGCCGAACUGAAUGCAGCGCACGCAAGUGCUGCACGUGCGCGAACAGAAUUGGACGCUAUCAGGGAAGAAUAUACAAUACUUCAGGCAAAAUAUGAUGAGGCACAACUAGAUCCCAACGGUCCCAAACGCUCAGACUCGACAACAUCCAAUCUUCGCAAAUCCGCAUCUGUGGCAUCCUUGCCGUCGCCGCCUCCUGCUAUUCCAUUGCCUCCUCUGCCUGGAAUGAGCAUCAACACUGCUCUUUCCAAUUCACAUGCUGCAAACGUUCCUGUUCCACCUACGCCAACUCUGUCCAAUCGGCCAAACAGCAAAGAACUUGCCAUGGCGCAGAUCCAAGAAGACCAAGAAGCUCAGAUACAGACUAUCAAAAAACAUCUUUUUGCCGAGAAGCAGCUCACCACAACUUUGGAAGAGGCCCUUACAGACUUAGAAAAACAGAGCAAACAAGUCAAAGCCGAUUGCGAUGCGUGGAGAAAACGUGCUAGCGAGCUUGAUAUGGAAUUGAAGGACGCUAAAGCUCGAGAAAAGACCGCCGGUGCAGACAAAGAGAAUAGAUGGAGCAUGCUACAGGUCGAGGAAGAGCGCAAGAAGAGACGGGAUGCCGAAAUCGCACGAGCUCAUCUCGAGGAGCGCAUGAACGCCAUUAAUAAAAAGAAAAAGAAGGGCAGCUUGAACUGCUUCUAA